UGCUCACGCGGGUGUGGAGAGGACGUUGGCCAAGAAAAGGCCUUUAAAAUAUCGAUAUAAAUAUAUAUUGAGAGGUACAGAUGUAGAUAUAAACGGUUUGGGCCUAAGGGGCUGGGGGGUUCCGGAAGUGCCUGGCGGGACCGGAAGUGCCGCGGUAUCCAUAGCAACGGGGCCCGCCAUGGGGCAGGACUACUACGCCGUGCUGGAGCUGGGCCGCAGCGCCAAGGACGCCGACAUCAAGAAGGCCUACCGGAGGCUGGCCUUGAGGUACCACCCGCUAAAAUGCAAGGAGCCUUGGGCGCCCAAGAGGUUCAGGCAGCUGGCAGAGGCCUACGAUGUGCUCAGCGACCCCAUGAAGAAAGGCAUCUAUGACAAGUUUGGAGAAGAGGGGCUCAAAGGUGGCAUCCCCUUGGAGUUUGGUGGCGAGAACCCCUGGAGUUCUGGCUACGUGUUCCACAACGACCCUGACAAAGUCUUCAGGGAGUUCUUUGGUGGAGACAACCCCUUUGCAGAGUUCUUUGCUGAGGAUGGCACAGAGCUGGUCAUGCCCUUUGGGGGGCUGCGAGGACGGGGGGCCCUGAAGCAAGACCCCCCAGUCCUGAGGGAUCUCCACCUCUCCCUGGAAGACCUGUUCUAUGGCUGCACCAAGAAGAUUAAGAUCUCCCGCAGGGUGAUGAACGAGGAUGGUCUCACGAGCACCAUCCGGGAUAAGAUCCUAACGAUCGACGUGCGGCCGGGCUGGAAACAGGGCACCAGGAUCACCUUUGAGAAGGAAGGAGACCAGGGCCCAAACAUCAUUCCAGCUGACAUCACCUUUGUUGUCCAAGAGAAACCCCACCCGAGGUUUAAAAGAGCCAACGAUGACCUCAUCUAUGUUGCCUCCAUCCCCCUGGGAAAGGCCCUGACUGGCUGCUCAGUGGAUGUGAGGACACUGGAUGGGAGGCUCCUGAACAUCCCCAUCAAUGACAUCGUGGACCCCAAGUACUGCAAAGUGGUGCCAGGGGAGGGGAUGCCCCUGCUGCAGGACCCUCGGAGCAAGGGGAACCUCCUCAUCCAUUUCAACAUCUGCUUCCCCAAGAAGCUCACGCCUGAGAAGAAGAUGCUCUUGAGGAGCGCCCUCCUCUCCUAGGGGACAAGCCCCCCUUCCCACCCUCUUCCCACCAAUAAACCCUGGAGCCAGCACUGGGACUGCUGGUUGUCCCCAGCACCCGAAACCC